GCCAGUGUCCGAGUGUUCCAUGAGGCCCAGGGAGCGGGCGGGGGCGGAAGCCCGGGACGCCUGCGGGGCCCUGGCGAUAGUACCCUAUCUGUCACAGCAACGCCCUUGCGCGCCGGCCCAGAGUUAUUUUUGGCCAGGCGGCAGAACUGUGGUCUGUUGCUGCAGUCUCGGGCCAUCGCCACUCCAGAAAGAAUUGGGCUGCCAUCCUUUCGCCAUGGGCUCCCGGCCGCGCGGGGCGCUGAGCCUGCUGCUUCUGCUGCUAGCGCGGCCCAGGCUCCCAGCCGCAGGCUGCCCCGCGCCGUGCAGCUGCGCAGGGACGCUCGUGGACUGUGGGCGCCGCGGACUGACCUGGGCCUCGCUGCCCGCUGCCUUCCCUCCCGACACCACCGAACUGGUGCUGACCGGCAACAACUUGACGGCACUGCCGCCCGGGCUUCUGGAUGCGCUCCCUGCGCUGCGCGCAGCGCACCUGGGUGCCAACCCCUGGCGCUGCGACUGCCGCUUACUGCCGCUGCGCGCCUGGCUGGCCGGCCGCCCUGAACGUGCGCCCUACCGCGACCUGCGCUGUGUCGCGCCUCCAGCUCUGCGCGGCCGCUUGCUGCCCUACGUGGCAGAGGAAGAGCUGCGGGCAGCGUGCGCGCCCGGCCUGCUCUGCUGGGGGGCUCUGGUGGCGCAGGUCGCGCUGCUGGUCCUCGGGCUGCUACACGCGCUGCUGCUGGCGCUCCUACUGGGUCGCCUGCGGAGGCUGCGUGCGCUCGCGCGUGCCCACGCCUUCCGCGAGUUAUCGCUCACAACCCCGCUGGUGGCCGAGCCGGCCGGAGCCGUUGCAUCCUAAGAAAGGACAGGCGCAGACCUGCAAACUUUACGGGUCCCUGCUGGAGCACCCUCUCCUUCACCUGGAUCUGCCUCGGCCUCUGCCCUUCCCCCCAAUCUUCCAGAUCCAAGCUCAGCAGGCCUGAAUCCACGUGGGGCCAAACUGCCGCCGCCAGCACUACCGGAGUGAAACAACCCUGAGCCUUCAGCGCCUAGGGAGGUGGAGCGGCCCAGCUCGAUACUGAGCAGUCUCCCCUGCCAGACUCCACACUGAAUAAACCUUUCUCCUCCUCA